AUGAAGGGCCAGUAUGACCUCAUCUUUAUCUCUGACUGUCUCAGAGCUGAUGAACCCGAUAAAGACGGGGGUGCUGCCUCAGGACGCCAAGCCCCCCAGGACAUCGUCCCCCGCCCGCCCCGGGCUGCCCGGGCUGGAUCAGCCAUCGGCCUCGACACCUCCGCUGCCAGGCCGUCCGCUUCUCCCCGCCUGCAGCGUCAGGACGCAGAAGGAAAAGGCGGGUUUGGGGGCACGGGAGGGUGCUUCCGGGAGGCCCUGGAGGACUCUGGGAAGUGUAUUUCCCAGGAGCCUCGUGGGCCACCCACGCAUCUUCCGAGGCCGGAGCCCAGUUUGUUAGAGGUGGAAACAGGCCUCAAGCGGCGAGAGCUCCCACAGCUCCGGAAACUCCCGCGGGCCCCGGCCUGGCAUGCGCAGCCUUCUCCCAAGCCGUCUCCCUGGGCCAUCCUCCUCCUGGGCCUGGGCACCUUGAUGACCAUCUUGGACAGCAGCGUCGUCCCCCCUCCAGACCUCCUCCUCCCUCUUCAGGAGGCCCCCCAGUCACUAGAGCUCACUUUGACCCCUAGCCCAGCCCUGCACUUAGACCUCAGUGCGGCCACACCUGCCUUUGUCACAGUGCUCAUGUGCUCGGGAGGGUUCCUGGGCAGCCUCAUCUUCACCAGUCAUGCUGGCAGCUACAUAAUGUCCUUGUUUGAUGACCGCCUGGUCCCCUUCACCCUCAUCGUCCUUGUGGCCUUCCAGAAUGUGGCCCUGGCCUGGCUCUCUGGAGCCAGGAGGCAGAGGGCUGGAGCACCACACGCACGCGGGUUCCCGUCCUCCGCGAGGGCCCAGCAGGACUUGGCAGCCAGUGAGAGAACCGAGAACCGCCCUCCCAAGAGCUCAGAGCCAGGGAGCAAAACAGCUCUGCCGGCGGAGCGCCCUGGGCUCGGUCGCCUUCCUCAGCGUCCUCACCUUUCUGCCAAUCCCAGUGCAGCCACUUCACCACGGUGGCACCCCAAGGACCACACUGCUUCUGAUCCCUCUGAAAAGCCCCUGGCGCCCUCCAACCCUUUACAGAACCCCAAACGACAGGGGACGCCCCGGGAGACAGUGAACCUCAUCCAGAAAGCUCAACCUGCCCCUGACCAGGAGGCUGAAGCUGAGCUCCAUCCGGAGGAGGUUGGGCCUGCCCUCGAGGGGGACCAGAGCUCCUCCGGUCCGCCUGCCUGUCCUUACGUCCCCGGCGUCAGCGCGGUCCCCGAGGUGCGUCAGCAUUCUCGCUCCAAGGCGCCUGAGCUCGGCCUCCGUAACCACAGCCAACCGGGGCCAGAACAAGGAGACGCAGGAAGGAAAGCAGAGAUCUGCUCCGUAGCCGGUGACACCGCCCACGUCCCCAAAUCUGGCAUUAGCGUCCAUCUUGCUACAGAAAUAACCGGUCCUGCUGGGAAGGAGGGAGAGGGGCGCGUGGAAAUUUUGCCACUAACGACACGCAGUUGGCCUUGGGAGGAAAUGGACAGCUCAGGAGCGGCUUCCUCUCCUGGAAUGACACCGGUUCUGCUAAGUGGGCCACUCGGCGCUGGGACUGGAGAAUUCAGAAGAAGAAAUCGACUCGGCCACUCACAGAGCUGCACCCAGGGCCUCCUUUCUCCCUGCGCGGAGGGAGCAGCCCGUUGGCUAGAGGGAGAUGGCCUUGUAGCACUUUCCAAGCCCCAGCCUUCCCCGUUACCAUGGCGACAGACUGUUCUCGGCAAACCCCAAACUCCGCAGCAAACUGGACACUGGACGGCUGGGGCAGCUCCUCCGGCUGCCUCUCGGCUCGGGCUGGGCUGACAUCGCCGCGGCAGUAAAUGGCCCGAGACCCGGCGCGUGUGCUUUCAGCCUGCGGCCUCCGCGGACGUCGUGCAAAUGGCCAACCUCGGGUGAACUGUGUCCAGUCUGGCGAAUCCAACCUCCCACUCCCUUUGGGACACAGAUACCAAGUUUCUAGACUCCUCGUUCUGGAGUUGAGCCAAACCAUUGGGGGAACUUGGCAGCA